AUGUCCUGCACCAACUACUGUUCUGGAAAUAACCCGGGCUUCCUUAGAAGUCCCUGCCAUGCUUCUUCUAGCAACUCCACUGAUGUCAGCUCUUCGGAUGUGAGUGGCAGUAAUGCGCUCUGCUCGCCCAGUAGCUCUCAAGAUCGUCCCUGGCUUUCGGACAACCGCCCAGAGACCCGAGGUGAAUCAAACAACUGCCUGCCAGUCCACUACGAGCCCAGCAUGUGGGAAAUGUCUUACUGUCCUUCUGCGGCUUGCUAUGUGCCCAGACCCUGCACAGCGACCAGCUUCAUCCCCACGCCGUGCUACAUCUCUAGCUCCUACCUUCCAGUACCCUGCAGGCCUCUGAGUUGUGUGCCGAGCCCCGGUCGACCCCAGACCCCAGUCUUCACCUAUGGAUAUCGCCCCGUGGGUUGUGUGCCCUGUGGUCCACAGCCCAUUCGCGUUGUGCCCGGUAGCCUCAAACCUCUCUGUCCUAUCUCCGGUGGAGGCCAGCUUGGAACCCCGGUGCUCAACCCUUGUCGUCCCACUUGGUCUGUCAUCGGAUGCCAAUAG